UUCGGAGUCAGUUGCUCUUAUGCUUGCCAGACAUUAACAACACUCACGCUCGGGCUCUUGCUGCGCAGGCCUCGUGACACGGAACGUCACAGGUGCUUUCGGAACAUUUUCAAAUCCGGAUCGUUUGAACUUGUUCGUCAUUUUUUAUUCGUGCAUGUGCAGUGUUUUAUUGAUAAUUUUCUCCUACUUGAAGAAAUUUCUCCGAUUUUUAGUUAUUACAUUUCGGUCUGCGGAUUGUCAUUUCUCAAUUUCCUAAUUGUGUAUCGGUCGAGAAUUUUAUAUUGUUGAAUAUAAGAGAUGUUUGGGAACGUCGAAGAGUGAAUUGGAAUUUUUUAUGUGAUUCAGAAGAACAGUAAUUAAAAACAAACUUGGUUCAGUUGAAGAAUUUGGAAAAUUGCUUGGAGAAGUAACAUUGUGUGAUACCUGACAGAAAAAAAUCAAACUUCUCUGGCAAUUAAUCGAUGACAGUGAUUAAUUGCAUUGGUGUUUGCUAUUUCCUUCGGAGUCUUGAAGGGGCAUUCAAAUUCCUUCAACUCGAGGAUCGAUGAGGAAGUGUGCGAAGGGAGGAAGCCUGAUUCUCGUUUGGGAUCUUCUUGUGGCAUCGUGGAGGUCCUCAGGAUCGAGAGAACAAUGACGAACGACAGUUAACGAAACUUUGUUUAAAAAUUCUGUGCCGGGUGAUCGAGGGUUCGUUUCAGGGGGGGUCGUGGAUAUUAUGUUAGCAACGGGAUUAUGCGUGAUCCUGAAGGUGUUGGCGUUGGCGGGAAGCGUCUCCGCGCUUCUGCCGGAAGGCUUCGAAGAUCGGUCUGCUCCAGCCAACCUCCAAGAGGAAUGCGCCGCGAAAUGCCCGGACCUCGACUUCAAUCAGAAUCGAACGGACGAUUCGAAUUCGGAAUGCGGCGUGCGAUGCAAGAUCGGCCAGUGCACAAAAGGCUGCGGAGCAUGGCAACGAGCACUCGACACGAGCUGCCAGGCAGUCUGCAAUGGAACACAAGAAUUGCUGCUGCCCAAGGAACUGUACUGUGUUCUAGGUUGUCACGACGCGCUGAAUCGUUACUUCCAGCAAUUGAAAGCGGAAAUAGGUGUACCGCCAGCGCCAGCGUUGGUCGCGGACUCGUUGACUGCGACUUCGCUUCGCCUCGAGUGGAAAGGAAUAGAUACCGAAAGACGCGGAGGAGACAUAUCGUACUUAGUGCAAUGGAGGUACGAGGAACUGGCCGAGACCUGGCAAUACUGUAGGAAUCAAUCUUGGGGUGCGGAUGACCAGAUCUUGGUUGAAAAUUUACAACCUUACACGAAGUACAGAUUUCGUGUAGCGUUGCUCUUAAAAUCGCCUCAGCACAAUUCGGAGCCGAUCGUCUCCGCUCCGAGCGUCGUGAUACGAACAUUGGCGGCCGGUUUACCAACCUCAGCACCGGUAAUUGUAAGAGCAGUCGCGGUAGACAGUUGCCGUGUCUCUGUGUCUUGGGAACCGGGACCAUUCCCGAACGGGCCACUUUUGUCUUAUGUCCUGCGUCUGCAAGGGACUGAUCACUCCCAGCUUAAGGAUAUCCCAGCAUCGGAGAACACGGAUCACUACAUGUUCCAAAACCUCGAGCCGAACAAGAAUUAUUCGAUAAGCGUGACAAUGAGGAACGGAGUAGGCGAGGGUCCCCUUGCCGUAACUUACGUGAUGACGACUCCGGAACCAGCUGUGAAAGAUACGCAGCAGCCAAUUCUGAUUCUCGGCGGUCAACAUGUGGUCAUGAAGCAAGACGCGGAUAUGUUGGACGACCCGAGUGUGGUAUACGAAAAUACAAGCGUGAUUCGCGGUGUCGCGAUUCACGUGGCUUCCGCCCAGUUGUUCAUCUCCGAUUCGUUGGGAUACGUGUACAGAACAUCCAUAACGAAACGUACAAAGCCUACAGUGAUUCUUAGCCCCAGUCAGGCAAACUUUAAACCGCUUAGUUUGUCGGUCGAUUGGCUGAACCUACAUCUGUACAUUCUGGGCGAAGUGAAGCACGCGACUACCGUCUGGCAGAUAGCUAGAUGCAAUCUCGACGGCAGAGGGUUGACGGUGGCCGUCGCCGGUUUCCUAACGCGACCCACGCACAUCGAAGUCGAUCCAUAUAAUGGUUACUUAUUUUGGGUCACCAGAGGUGGUUUGUACCGAUUGGAUUUAGCUGACAUAAGCAAUGGGGUAAAACACGAGGUUCAGCCGUACCUAAUCUUAGAAGACGCUCACUUGGGAGCAUUCACGGUGGAUCACACGAAUUUUCGCUUGCUGGUACCCCAUCACAUUCAAAACACCGUGAUAUCAGUUUCUUUGGAUGGUCGCGAAGUCAUAGACAUGCGCGCGAACACGCAACAGCCGAAAUUCAAAAACGUGAUAUCCUUAGCCAUGGCGAAUGGUUUAUUUUACUGGACGAACGGAGAGGAAGUAUUGAUAGAAGGGUAUCACUCAGGCCAGAACAGAUACUUUCACAAUGCGUACCCUGAUAGGUCGAACGGUUCAUUUGUCAGUGUCAACGUGCUGAUGGACGCGAGCCAGCCGGUCCCCGUACCAGUGAAUCCUCCUACUGGUGUGCAAGCCGUUCUCGGGGUUGAAAGGGCCAAAGUUUCUUGGCAGGCGCCGCAUUUGUUGGGCGGACAGGGCAAAGGCGCCUGGCAGAAUUGGUCUUACGAAUUGGAGAUUAAAGAUGAGUCCACCGGCGAGACGAUUCAUCAGAAAGAUAUCGCUGGCUCGUCUCACACUGUGCACAAUCUAAGGGAGAAAUCGGAGUACUCGAUCAAAGCAGCGGCUUACACCAGCGCUGGCAGAGGGCCCUGGUCCACCGAGUUCAGAGGUCGAACAUUGAGGGAUGGAUCACACGCAUCUAUCUUGUGGUCCGCCAACGAAGGUCUUCUAAGAAGCGACGUGACCGGGGAGAAUAUCGAUACGUUGAUAUAUAAAGCCAGCUUAAAGGAAGUAGAGUCUGAUUAUCAUAUUGUCGAUGUCAGCUGGUAUAAGGACGUUCUCUACAUUGUGGGAAACAAUUCUGCGUUGUAUCGGUACAAUAUCACGAACCACCAAAAGUUUGAAAUGAAUAUUCAUUCCGUUGGCAGCGUGGCCGUCGACUGGAUAUCAAAAAAAUUGUAUUGGGCUAAUCCAAAACAGCAAAUUAUAACGAGAGCAAAUUUAAAUGGAUCUCAUCAAGAACCGAUAUCGAUUUUGGCUAUUGUUAAGGAAUUAAUGAUCGACUCUUUGGAAGCGUAUCUUUAUUGGUCCACGGGACACGCUGUCGAGGUGGCUCGUUUGAACGGUCAGGAUAGGAGAUACUAUCACUCGGAUGAAAUUUUUAACGGAAAACAAGUGAUGGGAUUGACUUUGGACACGGAAAACAGAUAUAUUUAUUGGAUCGUUCGAAGUUACGAAAGCGGCUCCAUCGUAUAUCGUGCUCCAACGUCCGAGAAAAUUCCAAUGAACCAAAAAAUCAUACCUCAAAAGGUUUCAGCUUUACAACAUCCGAACAUGCAAGGUCCCCUCUGCUAUUUUUCGGAGCACUUGCUGUGGCUUCAGGAUGAUCGGAACGCGGUGAUAGGUGAUCUGUCUGGCCAAAACACGGCCGUAAUAAAUGGUAUUACUUUGUCUGGGCUUCACAUGGUGGCUGUCAUGGAUCCGGCGCUCCAUCAAUACCCGAAUAAUCUUACGUCGGAUACUGUGGUAGUGUUACCAAACGCAGUGAACUACAACAGCAUCAGGGUGAAAGGGACCUGGAGGAACUUCAACAUAUCCUGGGACCCCGUAGAUAAUAUAAAUUACGGAACUGUCUUCUACGAAGUGAAGUUCGCGGAUUACAUCAACACCAACUCGAAUCCGGAGAUAACUACGGAAACGUCGAUGCCUUACAAUAAUUCGGAACAGAUUUUGCCUUACUCCGUUUUGGAGGUGACUGUCAAAGCGUUCACAUAUUGGGAGACGGCUCAUCAUACUAGAAAAAUACUAAGAUCGCCGCAGAGCGUUCCGAGCCAGCCAACGAAUCCCAGGGCGUUCAUAGAGUUCCAUAAGGAACCUCUCAGCGAGAAUAUGGAUAUAUUCGCGAUAUUUAGGUGGGACCAACCCGAGUUCACAAAUGGUCUGAUCACCGGAUACACGGUUCAAUGCUGGUUCAAACACAACAACGUAGAGAUGCAGAUCUGCGAUCAAUCGCUUAUUCCGUCCACGCUGUUGGAGCAUACCGUUCAAGAUCUCCUGCCAAAUACGACUUACUACUUUCAAGUUCGUGCACACACGGAAAUCGGGGCCGGGCCGUACACCGACGUGAUCAAUGUUUCAACGAUAUACGAAAAUCCGGUACCGCAAUUGUUGGUGGCCACAAUGGACGCGGUUAAAAUAUCCGAUUUGGACCAGAAAGUGAACUAUACGAUUACUCGGCACAUUGCGAUCGAAGUGGCGCAUCUGGCCGCGGAAAAUAGAAUUUAUUGGAUCAAUGAGAUGCAGGAAUUGGUGACGUCGGAUUUGAACGGUGCGAACGCCACGAAAAUAUUAAAAUUGAACAACAGCGCGCUUAGCAUAACUGUCGACUGGGUCGCGAGGCAUUUAUACUGGUCUGAGUCGAUUUAUCGGGAGAACAGUGGUCGUAUAAUGAAGUUAGAUCUGACCAUGUGGCAGGCCGGAAUUCUGAAGUAUGAAACCAUCGUAACAACUAGUAGACGCAUCGUGAAUUUGGAUAUAUUGCCGUCCACAGGAUCUUUAUACUGGAUAGAGCUAACUAAGAAAGAUGCCGGUGUUAUAAUGCAAUCGGAUUUAGACGGAAAAUCUAUUCAACCAUUUUUUAAUCCCAUAAAUGAUUGCUGCUGCCCGUACAGACCGUCCGUGAUUCCUGUUAUGACAAUCGACAGCACCAACUAUCAAAAACCUGUGAUGUAUUGGAUCUCUAUGGAAGGCCACUUGAAUAUCGCUGACAUUGAUGGCUGCAUGUGCAGCUUGAUACUGAAUACGGGUUUCAAUAAAGGAUUGCCACCAACCUCGUUGACAGUCGACAAGAUGAACAUCUAUUGGUCGAACAUGGCGGAAGAACAGAUUUACUUCAUUAAUAAAAAGGAUCCUGACGAUGGUGAGAUCAAACACUUUUAUUUACCAUCAGCGAGAAGCAUCAAGGCCCUUGGCAAGUCCUUGCAAACUUAUCCGAUCGCAAACUGUCUGAUACCUCAUCAAGUGUCCUACAAUGUCGAAGAAAUUAAAAAAACAGCGAACAGUAUUACUGUCAGUCUUCCUCAACCUGUUCCUCAAUUCAAUUGCGAAGCAUACAGCUUGCCCACGACACUGUACACCAUAUACGUAUCGCAGUGUUUAGAGAACGAUCCUAAUAUGUGCGAGGACAGCGAUAGGACAAAGUUUCAAACUUACAAAAAGGAGUACGAGAUAAAGGAUUUGAAACCGUUCACGAAAUACAGAUUGAAAUUGGCGUUGAGUAAUUAUUACGCCGACUUAGAGUCGAUGAGCUUAGAAUUUGGCUCUGGUGUUGUGUUGAGAACCGAAGCUGGUGCCCCUACGGCUCCGGAGAACGUAACUGUAAACGCGUUGACGCCAACUUUGGCUAUCGUUUACUGGAUGCCACCGAAAAUAUUGAACGCAGCGUCAGUACGGUACGAAGUACAUUGGAGAUUGGUUCCUCUGAUAAAUGGAGCACGGCAGAAGGGAGAACAGUUUAUAAAGGGUACCGAUCGCACGGCGGAUGGGAGAUUUUUCACCAUGUUGGAUCCAUGGUUACCUAAUCAGGAAUACUUGGUGUUCGUUCGCGCUUAUCCUGAUCACGUGAACGACGUUUACAGCGAGAGUUUGGGUCAAGUGGUGAAGAUGUAUCCGGAACCGAAUAAUCUGACAUUAACCGGCGUUACCGUGAACAGUAUGAAUGUAUCCUGGAUACCAACGAUCAAUUUGACAGCCGGUUACACGUUAGAAUAUAAGGACGUCGCCGUGGAGGAUUGGCAAGUGGCGAAUGAUUUUAUAGUAGAUAAAGAGAAGGUGACGUACUUCAUUAAGAAAUUACAACCGCGAACUUUGUACAAAUUUCGCUUGCUCCUGAGAUACCCGAAUUAUAAGAAGGAUUUCGUGUGGCCGCCGGAUGGAAGAUUCACGUUUCAAACGCUUGGCGAUGUUCCCAGUGCUCCAGGAAUGCCUACUGUAACUAAAUUGCGCAAUUCAGUUUAUCAACUGAACUGGGAGCCCGCGCAAGCUCACGGCUCGCAGAUCACGUUGUACCGUGUUGAAGGAGUGAAGAUUAACGAAAUUAACGAGCAGAUAGACAUUACCGAGAACGCGAGCUGGAAGUUGUACUACAACGGUACGGACAACUAUUGGAUAAUCACUGGAGACAUGGACGACAAGUACCGGUUUCGCGUUCAAGCGCGAAACGCAUACGGAUUUGGCGCUUGGAGCAGAUCCAGUCCUGUCAUUGAUCUAACAGAAGCUACCGGCGGAAUAUUAGCCGCGCAGCAACAUCUCGGCUUGGUACUCGGACUUAUCGUUCCCGUUAUCACAAUCGUGCUCAUCUGCUUCUGUUACUUCCUUUGCCCAGUGUACCGGCAACGCAAAGAGGACAAAAAAACGGUGUUACCUCCGUUGAUGAGCGACGUCGAGUUAGCUACUCUUCGAGAAAUACCGCGCGGCAAUUUUGUUCAAUCGAACGCCUUAUAUGCGUCUACAUUACACAACGACCCCGAUGAUUCCACGCUUCCUAAAAUUAGAAGGGAACAAAUAACGUUGGCGAAGUUCUUAGGCAGCGGCGCCUUCGGAGAGGUAUUUCAAGGGAACGCGAAAGACUUGGAGAGGCCAGGAAUCACACCGGUUGCGAUCAAAACGCUACGGAAGGGAGCUUCGGCUCAGGAAAAAACAGAAUUUCUUCAAGAAGCUAGACUCAUGAGCCAUUUUCGACAUAAACACGUGCUCAGACUCCUGGGUGUUUGCUUGGACACCGAUCCACCGUUGUUGGUGCUGGAACUGAUGGAGGCCGGAGAUUUAUUGAGUUAUUUGAGAGCGAGUCGAUCAUUGCAACCUACAGAUCCGCACGCUUUGCGUCUACAAGAUUUACUCGCUAUGUGCGAGGACGUAGCACGAGGAUGUCGUUACUUGGAGGAGUUACAUUUUGUACAUAGAGAUCUCGCAUGUAGGAACUGUUUGGUAUCUGCCAGAGAUCGCGAGAACCGUGUCGUUAAGAUCGGCGACUUUGGAUUAGCCAGAGAUAUAUACAAAAACGAUUAUUAUCGAAAAGAAGGAGAAGGAUUGCUUCCCGUACGAUGGAUGGCACCUGAAUCCUUGGUGGAUGGCGUAUUUACCUCGCAGAGCGACGUUUGGGCGUUCGGUGUACUAAUAUGGGAAAUCACGUCUUUGGGACAGCAACCGUAUCCCGCUAGAACGAAUAUCGAAGUAUUGCAUCAUGUGCGGGCGGGUGGACGGUUACCGAAACCUUUGAACUGUCCACCCGGUUUGCAUCAACUGAUGCUGCGUUGCUGGAGUGCUGCUGAUGCCAGACCGAGUUUCAAAGUUUGUUUGGAAAGCAUAGUCAGUCUCCGGGGCACGAUAGAAGACACAACGUUAAGUCCUAUUCAUGCUGGGCAUUAUUUGGCCAGAAGGGGCGUGUCUAACAUGGCUUACUUUGCUGACGAGAAUCAAAAUCAUAAUAAUUCAGGAAAUUCAUGGAAAUCUAGUAGCUCGGAAGGCAGUCGAGAUAUGCAACCGUUCCUUCAAAAUUCUCAUAGCGCUGUUACAUCGCAAUCGAGCGAAAUACCGAAAUAUUUAGAAUUAUUAGCGGAUAAUGAGGAUAUCAUUCCGAGGGAAAAUUCGACAAACGGGUACGAAGUGCCACGGUCAGUUCACAUCUCCGAUCAGAAUCUGGUGAACAUAAAUAAAGCCAAUGGAAACGUAGAUGCGAAGAACAAUGCGCAUCCCGACACGGUACAAGAACAGAAGGACACUCCCGGUGACGUUAAAGAAGACAAAAAAUGUGAGAAAAGAUCUUCAACGUCCAGUUUGAAUUUGCCAGAACGUAAAAGAGCAUCGAUCACGAGUGUAACUGAAAAAUUCAACACGUUAGAUAGUUCUAAGUUGACUAAUCCCGCGAUUAAAACGAUUCUGAAGAGAGACUCUUUCACGUCGUUAACUGAUCAACGAAGAAACAAAAGGAACGCGGCUGAACGGCGAGGAUCAGAAGUAAGUUUAGAAGGAAGAAGUUCUAGUUCGUUCAGCUCAAACGUUAGUUUAGCUCCAUCGACUCGACCUAGUUCGUCCUUAAUUAGCUCUCAUAACGUUUUGCCGUUGAAGAACGGCGUUAUUGGGAGGACCGGGGAACCGACCGACAAUAAUGUUACGAAAAACACGUUGCCGAAGAUUCAAAGGACACACUCGAACCUGCAGAACGGUAAAGCUAACAUACCUUUGGUGAUAAACAGUGCGUUGUUGAAUUUAUUACGGCAAACUCCGGUCGUUGACGAUAGUAACAAUAUAGUUACGUACACGAAUGUUAAUACCGAUGCUGUAAGAGUAAAUGGGUCGUGAAGUUUUUGUUAACGACGAGAAGGAUUAUUAAGUGGUUAAUGAGACUGUAUCGUGAAUGAGAAUGAGUGCGAAGUUCCAUAGCUUUAAACUGCCAUAUUAAUAUAUGUACAUAUUUAGGUUUGUAAUAUCUGAAAUUUAUGCGAAACGAGCUGUGGCAGAAAUGUUUCUUUUUCAAUUUUAAUUUAGUCAUAGCUAAUAAUUGGAUUUGUUGUUUAAGAUCUGAGAGAUGAAAAUAUCUAUAGAGUAUUAUACGGUGGUUACGCCGCGAUAGUUUUAUAUCUGUUACCGCCAAUAAUGUAUUUAUUUAAUGACACGGAAGUAUGAUUCAGUUUUCACCGUUCAUUGUACAAAUUUCAUACUGAGUGAUAGUAUAUGAAGUAUACCGUACAAUAAGAGAUUGAUAUCCACAUUA